AUGGUGAAGACUUCGAGCAGUACGGAAAAAACACCUCUAAAGAAAGGAGCAUGGAGUCCCGAAGAAGAUCGGAAGUUGACAGCUUACAUCAAGAGAUACAAAAUCUGGAACUGGACUGAGAUGUCAAAAGCUGCCGGUUUGGCAAGAACUGGGAAAAGUUGCAGACUUCGUUGGGUGAAUUACUUGAGGCCUGACAUUAAGCGUGGAAACUUUAGCAAGGAAGAGGAGGAUACCAUAAUCACGUUGCAUGAGACACUAGGAAACCGAUGGUCUGCCAUAGCAGCAAAACUUCCGUCCGGAAGAACAGACAACGAGGUGAAAAAUUACUGGCACACGCACUUGAAAAAGCGCUUGAAGGCCGAUUCUACAAGCAGUACUUCUGUUAUACCAGAACUGCAAGAGGCUGGUGAUGAAGCCUCUUGGAAGAAUCUUUCUGAAUCUGAUGUUCUUGCAUCUCCCGAGCCUGCAAAAUCAAUAUCAAAAAUAGACGAUUCGAAGAAUACCGUUGUAUCGCCACAACAACCAAUUACCUCGUCAACUGGUCCUGCAAAUUUUGAGAUUGGUAAAGACCAGAAAAUUGUUAAUGAGGGCAUUAAUAUUGAUAAGACAUCAUCUCAUGAAACAUUCAUUGAAGAGCUUCAAAGUUUGUGGUCGCAACAGGGAGACUUUUUUUAUCCUCCUCCUGAUGAUCAACUUAUAGGACCAAGUACUAAUUCUCCCAUUUGGCAGUAUGAUUUCUACAAAGAAUUUGACGACUGCUAUGACUGGGUACAUUACAUGGACAAAACCUUCGGAAAUUCAUGA